AUGCUGGUAUCUUCUAGAAACAAUUCAUAUGUUGCUAUCAAGAUACUUAUUGGCAAACCAACUGAUCUGUUCCGACAAAACCACCUUCCAGAGUGGACAAUCCUCAAGCAGGUUUCAUCCCCACCAAACCCACACUGUCUUCAACUCCUAUCUGACUUUGUAAUCCCUGGAAAAGGAAGUGCAGGGGAACACCUCUGCUUUGUUACCCAGGUCCUAGGUGGAGAUGUAAGCAAAUUGGAUGAAACUUGUGGCCCAAUCUUCCCUCUCCCUCUUGCUAAAUGCAUCCUUCUACACAUCCUCCGUGGAAUUGCCCAUGCACACAGCUGUGGCAUAGUCCACACUGAUCUACACCUCUCCAACAUCUUCUUCAAUACUUGCAUGUCUACUGCUGACUUGGACAAGUUACUCAAGUCCAAUCCAUCUUGCCGACACCCUCCAGAAGAGUCUCAUGAUGGGAUGAUGCAGACUGCAGUGUCACAGCCACUUCCAGUACCUACUCUAGAGGAGGCCAUGCAGAGGACAUUCAUACUUGCAGACUUUGGCAGUGGCAAUUCCACAGCCCAGCCUAUUACCACCCACAUCACUGAUGAGAUCACUGCACCUGAUCUUCGUCCACCUGAAAUCAUCAUAGGGUCACCAUGGAAUGAAAAGGUGGAUAUAUGGACAUUUGGAUGUUUGAUCUUUGAAAUUGUCACCCAUCGCCAUUUUUUCAAAUUAGAACCACUGCCAGAACUUAACCUUGAUCCGACAACUUCUCAGCUACAUCAGAUGAUAUCUUACACAGAGGAAGAUUUCAGCCCAGAGCAGCUUACUGCUGGUCAACGAUCUGCCCAGUUCUUUAAAGCAGAUUGUGAGCAUUACCUUACUUUUUGGGUACCAAUCCCGAAUUUUCCAAUUGAGUGGGCCAUCGGAUGCUACCACGUCAUAGGGGAGGAAGAAGUGGUACCCAUGGCCACCCUGAUGCGGAGGUGCUUGCAUCUGGAUCCUGCCAACAGGGCUAGUGCCGCUGAACUGCUCAGUGAUCCAUGGUUUGAGGGCGUUGACCCCAUUUAA